GUGCCUGACAUCCUCAGUAUCUUGUUGGCGCAGAAAACAAACGCGCAGCCUCAUGUUGUGAGAUAAAUCGCUCUCAUGAAGGGGUUAUAGUCAGCCUCUGUCCUGACUGAGUCUUCACACUCUGUUUAGUCUUCAUUAAGGAAGUUGACUCCUGUCAGAGAGCGCACGGUUGUGAAGAUAAGCAGUGCAGCAGCAAACGGCAACAACGACACAAAGAUUUCCAAGAAGGCCAAAAUGAACGGAGACGGCAUACCAGCAGACACGCUCAGUAAGGUUCAGGACUACCUGGAGCCUUUCUGUCUGUCCCUGCAGAAGCUACGGGAGGUUUCUAAUCUGCUCAGGAAGGACCUGGUCAAAGGUUUGGGGAGACAUUCUCAUAAGAAUGCACCCGUCAAGAUGCUGCCCACCUUCGUCAGGUCCACACCGGACGGGACGGAGAAAGGCGACUUCCUGGCGCUGGAUCUUGGUGGAACAAACUUCCGGGUUCUUCAUGUCCGUGUAGAGGCGACGGAGCAGAAAAUGCCGAUAAUAGGCAGUCAGAUCUGCACCAUCCCACAGGAAAUCAUGCUAGGGGAGGGAGACAAGCUGUUCGACCACAUUGCGGCCUGUCUCUAUGAUUUCCUCGUCUCUAAAAAUCUGAAGGGACAAACUCUUCCUCUAGGCUUCACCUUCUCAUUCCCCUGCGAACAGAAAGAAAUCGGCAAGAGCAUCCUGAUCCGCUGGACCAAAGGCUUCAAAUGCUCCGGAGUGGAGGGAAAAGAUGUGGUGCAGUUACUGAAAGACGCCAUUGACAGGAAAGGGGACUAUAAUAUAGGUCCAGUUGCCAUGGUAAACGACACGGUGGGCACGAUGAUGAGCUGUGGCUACAUGGACCAGAACUGUGAGAUCGGCAUGAUAAUCGGUACAGGAACCAAUGCCUGCUACAUGGAGGAAAUGAAGAAUGUGAAGCGUGUUGAGGGCGAGGAUGGCCGGAUGUGCAUCAACACAGAGUGGGGCGGCUUUGGAGAUGACGGCUCUCUGGAAAAAUUCCUGACGGAGUUUGACAGGGAGGUGAACGAGAAGUCCAUCAACCCUGGUGUCCACAUCUUUGAAAAGAUGAUCAGCGGCAUGUAUUUGGGAGAAAUCGUUCGGCUGGUGCUGGUGAAGCUGACGGAGGCCAAACUACUGUUUAAUGGACAGACCUCAAAGGCACUGCUGACUCCAGGACAAUUUGAGACAAGGUUCAUCUCUGAGAUCGAGGAGCAGGACAAGGGUCUGGAAAACACUCAGAAGAUUCUGGAAAAGUUGGGUUUGGGGAGGGAUAUGGUCGACUCCCGCGUGGUGCGUCUUGUUUGCGACACCAUCUCCUCACGCUCUGCCCGUCUCUGCGCCGCUGCCCUGGCAACCCUCGCCAACCGUAUCCGUGUCAACCGUGGGUUGAGCCAUCUGAAGACCACUGUGGGGGUGGAUGGGACAGUCUACAGAAAACACCCCAAUUUCAGCGAGGAGCUCCAGGCGACGGUGCGACUCCUUGCCCCCCAGUGUGAGAUAGCCUUCUCCAACUCAGAGGAUGGCAGCGGGAGGGGUGCUGCCAUGGUAAUGGCCGUGGCGCAGCGGCUGGCUCGCCAGUCCUCUUCAUUAAGGAAGUUGACUCCUGUCAGAGAGCGCACGGUUGUGAAGAUAAGCAGUGCAGCAGCAAACGGCAACAACGACACAAAGAUGUCCAAGAAGGCCAAAAUGAACGGAGACGGCAUACCAGCAGACACGCUCAGUAAGGUUCAGGACUACCUGGAGCCUUUCUGUCUGUCCCUGCAGAAGCUACAGGAGGUUUCUAAUCUGCUCAAGGAGGACCUGGUCAAAGGUUUGGGGAGACAUUCUCAUAAGAAUGCACCCGUCAAGAUGCUACCCACCUUCGUCAGGUCCACACCGGAUGGGACGGAGAAAGGCGAAUUCCUGGCGUUGGAUCUUGGUGGAACAAACCUCCGGGUUCUUCAUGUCCGUGUAGAGGCGACAGAGAAGAAAAUGCUGAUAAUAGACAGUCAGAUCUGCACCAUCCCAAAGGAAAUCAAGCUAGGGAAGGGAGACAAGCUGUUCGACCACAUUGCGGCCUGUCUCUAUGAUUUCCUCGUCUCUAAAAAUCUGAAGGGACAAACUCUUCCUCUAGGCUUCACCUUCUCAUUCCCCUGCGAACAGAAAGACAUCGACAAGAGCAUCCUGAUCCACUGGACCAAAGGCUUCAAAUGCUCCGGAGUGGAGGGAAAAGAUGUGGUGCAGUUACUUAAAGACGCCAUUGACAGGAAAGGGAUGCAUCCAGAAAUAACACUACAGGACUAUAAUAUAGGUCCAGUUGCCAUGGUAAACGACACGGUGGGCACGAUGAUGAGCUGUGGCUACAUGGACCAGAACUGUGAGAUCGGCAUGAUAAUCGGUAACCUUAUGUAUUUUAAGCAGGACAAGGGUCUGGAAAACACUCAGAAGAUUCUGGAAAAGUUGGGUUUUGGGGAGGGAUAUGGCGACUCCUGCGUGGUGCGUCUUGUUUGCGAGACAAUCUCCUCACGCUCUGCCCGUCUCUGCGCCGCUGCCCUGGCAACCCUCGCCAACCGUAUCCGUGACAACCGUGAGUUGAGCCGUCUGCAGACCACUGUGGGGGUGGAUGGGGCAGUCUACAGAAAACACCCCAAUUUCAGCGAGGAGCUCCAGGCGACGGUGCGACUCCGCCCCCAGUGUGAGAUAGCCUUCUCCAACUCAGAGGAUGGCAGCGGGAGGGGUGCUGCCAUGGUAACGGCCGUGGCGCAGCGGCUGGCUCGCCAUUCCUGACUGUUAGAGGACAUUGAUGGUGAGGGCGAAGAUGAAGAGGAGGAGGAAGUGGAGGAGGAUUAAUAAGAGCACAGGGGAUACAGAUAAUACAGAAUCGA